UUCCACUUUAAGCUCUUGGAAGUUGUGAUGGGAAAUUUCACAACUUUUUAAUAUUUUGCAGAUGAAACAUUUUGGAUAUUAAUCAAAACAUUAGAUCCCCAUAACAAAAAAAAGUGUUCACAGCCUUAUGAACCAAACUGUUUUUUUUUCUUUUUUCUGUAUUUUGUUGGAGGUUACCACAGGAUAAAAAGCUCUCAGUCCUUCUUGGUAGUGACUAGGCAGUUGAGGUAAUCCUUUAUAGCCUCUGGUCUGUGCUCAUGGUAACUCUGUCAAACUGCUGAAAGCAAGUGAUGUGAACAAGUGUGAUGACACUCCCUGCUUGUGUGUUUUCGUGCUUAGGAGAUUCAUUUUUGACCUUCUCCCCCUAUUCGUCUUCAUUCCCUCUGUCCUAAAUCGCCUGCCCCUGAGCUGCUCCCACGGCCACAUUGGCAGAAGCGCUGGUGACAUGUGGCAUUCUGAUAUCUGUCACCUUCUGUUUGCUCCCGCCGACGCCUUGUACAAGUUUACCAAAAACUGGAAAGGUCACACAGCCUGCUCUCUGCUUUUUUCACACAUCAUAUCCAAGGGGCUCAUUCCGGUUUAUUUUUGAGUGUUUUUUAAUUGUGGAAGAAACCAUUGCAGCCAGACAUGGGCCAUAAUUCACUGGCUAACUUCCAGAUCGAGAAAAAGAUUGGUCGCGGCCAGUUCAGCGAGGUGUACCGGGCGACGUACCUGCUAGACAAAACAUCAGUGGCCCUGAAGAAAGUCCAGAUAUUCGACUUGAUGGAUGCCAAAGCUCGGCAAGAUUGCAUCAAAGAGAUAGAUCUCCUAAAGCAAUUGAACCACCCCAAUGUGAUAAAGUACCAUGCAUCUUUUAUUGAGGACAAUGAGCUGAACAUUGUACUGGAACUAGCAGAUGCUGGGGACCUCUCUCGAAUGAUCAAGCACUUUAAGAAGCAGAGGAGGCUUAUCCCAGAGAGAACAGUGUGGAAGUACUUUGUCCAGCUCUGCAGCGCGCUUGAACACAUGCACUCCCGGAGAGUCAUGCACAGAGAUAUCAAGCCAGCCAAUGUAUUCAUCACAGCUACAGGAGUAGUGAAACUAGGAGACUUGGGACUGGGACGAUUCUUCAGCUCCAAAACCACCGCUGCUCACUCUCUAGUGGGUACUCCUUACUACAUGUCACCGGAGAGGAUACAUGAAAACGGAUACAACUUCAAAUCUGACAUCUGGUCGCUAGGAUGCCUGCUCUACGAGAUGGCAGCCCUACAGAGUCCAUUUUACGGGGACAAGAUGAAUCUUUACUCCCUUUGUAAGAAGAUAGAACAGUGUGACUACCCCCCUCUUCCCUCAGAUCACUACUCAGAGGAGCUAAGGAAAUUGGUAGAUAUGUGCAUCAACCCUGACCCGGAGAAGAGGCCGGACAUCACCUAUGUGUACGACAUUGCCAAACACAUGCAGAACAUGACACAGGGCAGCUAAGCCCAGAGUUACACACACUAUAUCUUGCAGAACACCUCCCCACCUCCUACCUUGCUUUUCAUGCUGGACUCAUACACAUCUAUCAGCUUUUAUAAAAUAACUUACUCCAGAGCUCCUUGUGAUAAGUAGUACUGUACAUGUAACAGAGUUUUUUCCAAGGUGGUGGUACAGUCUAUAAUGUGACUGACAGCCAAAAUCUUUUCUGCCCCAGGAGAAAGAUUAAAGAGAUUACACUUUUUUUUGUCAGAUGGACCCCCCCCUCCCCCCACCACCCCCCUUCCCCUAGACUUCAGUAAUGGUACAGCACUGAAAAUCAGUGUCUAUAGCUUUGAAACACAAGUCCUCUGUAUUUUCAUGUAAUGAACCAAAACUGCUCAUCAGCAGCUGCUACCAGCAGAUGCUAUUUAAAGCAGAUGUACUGGAAAAAAAAAGACACCAAAAAAAAAAAAAGGUUACGUUACUUCCAAUUCUCAAAACUGUUAAUCACUGCAAAUAUUCUUCAACAUGGUUUUAUAGGCUUUCAAUGGGUCUCAUGAGACCUUUAGCCAGCAAAUAGUGUGAAAAAGACAAUGGGAACUUUGAAAGUAAUUCAAAAAAAUUGAGUAUAGAGAUUUUUACUCAGUGGCAGAAAACUGAGAGGCGUAAGAGUGUUAUUGAUGGUUGAAGUGUUGUUGUGUUGCACUUUUUACCCUGGUACUGGAAGGCUGGCAGGGUGAUCAUGUCUAAUGAAUGUAUUAGGAAAGGAAGGAUCAUUUAGAGGGUAGAUUUCAGACGUGCUGGGGGGAGAACACGGGCACAUGUCUCCACAACACUUUGAAUGUAAGUCAUUUUGACACCUAUGUAUUGUCUUUGAAAAUUUCAGAACACCUCUUUUUUGCCAGCCUAGAAGGAGUGGUAGAAACUAUAACAAAAUGUGCUGUUCACCUUAGUCACUGAUACCAAGAUAUUUUGUUCAUGGUUCAAUUUGAACAAUUUAUAUUUCUAUUAGCGUGUGAGAUUAUUAGGGACUGUAAAUCACAAUGAAGACAUGAGAAAAAUCAAAACACUUAUUUUUCCAUUAUGGUCCAGUGUAGUGGUUCCCAACCUUUUUGGCUUGUGACCCCUUAAAAUAAAGCAAAGUGUCCCUUGGACCCCUCAUCACAUGUUACAUUGUCUGACAAACUUGUUUUCAUUCAUCGUUAUCAUUUUGUCCACAAAAUGUCAGAAAAUAGUGAAAAUAAUAUGUAAUUGUUCCCCACAGUGCAAGGUUACAUCUUCAGAUCAGUCCAAACCCAAAGAGAUUCAGUUUAUCAUCAUGCUCAACAAAGAAAGGCAAAUAAUCAUCACAUCACAAUAGUUGCUGAUUAAUCUUCUGUCAAUCGACUAAUUGAUUGACUUUGCAGCUCUAUAAAGAGGACAUAUUUUUUAUUUGAACAGCUUUUAGAGGCUUAAGGAGAUCAAAUGGAGUAAUCCAUAAGAGAUACUGUAAAGCAGAAAAUCACAAUUUUGUGUGUCCCAAAUGUUUUUUUAUCCUGUCCCAUCAUCUCAGGUUGGGAACCACUAGUUCAGUGAAUGCAUUUGACCCACCAGAAAGUUAGUCUGUACUGAGGAAAUUGUGUGUGUUAAUGUUGCUGUUGGUGUGCAGUGUAUGUGUCUUGUUAAGUAACAAAUAUGUUGAAGAGAUAGCAGAUCCUUGCCUUGUGUUGCCGUCCACGUCAUGUGAAAAUCACAGCGUGCCUACCUAACUUCUAUCCUUAGUUGAGAUACCAAGAGAAAAGUCACACAAAAAGAGAGCAGAGCAGUUUAUAUAUAUGUUAAGGUAUCUUUUAUGUAAAGUAUAUCAAUGACUUGUGAAAAAAACAAACAAAAAACAAGCUCUAAUGGGACUCAUUUUGUUUUACUGUACAUAGCAAAGAAGUUCCUAUAGUUUUAAUACUGUGGGGUUUUAGACUCUUUGGUAAUAUAUAUAUAUUUUUUACAGUGAAUAGGUUUACACCAGUGUGUCGCAAAUGACCAGCACUGACUACCACUGGUUUACAUAAUGACAAUGAUACCGCAUGGAAGGUAUAGUAAGUAAACAAUGAUUGAUAACGCUUUAUUUCAGUGUCUUAUGAAUCCUCUUUUAACAUUAUCAAAUAGCCUGUUAACCGUUCAUUGGAAUUAUUGUACAUGUAUGCCCAUGUCUUUCAUGUUUUUUUGUUUUUUUUUUAACAUUUAAUACUCUUUAAUAUUUGUUAUAUACAAAUUCAAAGCUUAUAGGUGAACGAAAAUGUAAGUUAUUUUGUUAUGGUUAACAGAAUAUUUUGAUAGUGUGUUUGUAGUCAUUUGUCUGAGACUUGCAAAUACAGUGUUUGCAAUUUUUGUUUGCAAUUGUACUUCUUGUCCUACAUUUUGUUAUUUUACAUCGCUUUUCUCUCCAAUCACAGUAAAACUUUUUUUUUUCAUUACAGUGAUUAUCUUAAUUAUUUAUCCUGUUCACCCACAGUGCUGUUUACCUUCUACCUUUACACUGUCUAAACAAGAGCAUUUGUAUUGCACCAAAACGUUCAGUAUUUUGUUGUAAUUGCAAGGGAGCCUUUGCUAUUAAGCACUUUUGUUUAAAGGUAUUUUAGUUUUAAUGCGCAACAAGACUCCCUCAAGAAUUUAGUAGCAUUUAACAGCAAAAUACCAAAAAUAGAAUCUCCAAAGAUUAGGGGCUGAACUUUCAAAUGUUCUUUUAAGCAUAUACAACUGAUACUUUUGUACAGAGUUUAAAGAUAAGUUUACAUUGGUCCCUUUCACAAAGUCAAAUCAUCAUCAUCAGUUCUAACCUCCCAGCAAAGAUGUAACAGACAUUAAAAAUAGUUGCUUUCUUUUGUAAUCAGAAGAUGUCAGAGGACAUUGUAGUUGAAUAGGAUGUCUGGUCUGCAUCUUGUUGAUUAAAAACAUGUAGUAUGCAGUGCAAAGUCAGAUUUAUUUACCUGAAUAUAGAUUUAUACGUUGAGCUUUGCAAUUUUCUGUUUAUGUACGGA